AUGACCGACAAAGAAGUUACGCGGGCCCUUGCAUUAAUCGAUAAGCCCACUACAGAUCAACCGAGGACCACUGGCCCAUUUUCGGUCUUUCGUGUUCAGUCUGAGCACACUCAGUCUGAUUUACAGCCGGGCUCUUGGUUUCUCGGGGAAGCAGGAAAGCCACCAACUCAACGCGACAAUGACUUUAGUCAGAGUAAAUAUCUCGAACCCGAAGCAGAACAGCAUUCUACAUUUGAGAUUGAUGAUCCUCGGUGGAUAAGCCUGUCAUUGACCAGAGGUCUGGACAUGCUCUCUGACGAAGACUCUUCUAUAGCUUUGAACGAGAGAAAUGUUCAUGAGAUAGAAGAUGAAUCAGACAACUCCAACGAAAGCUCAAUAACGCCAACACUUGCAGGGUUACUGGACAGGACUGUUUCCCAUACUAGUGGUGAUUAUCCCGCUAAUUGGAAGAUCGUGGGCUCUACAGGCUUGACUCAUCCAAGAGAUCAUGUGGACAAAGAGGUUGAGUCUUUGAUACCUCUCGGGCACGAUGGACUUGCAUUGCAAAUACCAAGCACCAUGAAAUUGGGUGCGCCAUCAAACACUCUUUCCUACAGUCUCGGUUAUCCCCAAAUCAAGGAUCCUUCGGUGAAUAUGCUCAUCCAUCACUAUACAAACAACAUCGUCCAUUUGAUGCAGCCUGUCUCCCACAGGGGAAAUCCUUUCCAAACAUUAUAUCUCCCCUUGCAAUUGAAGGAUCGAGUUUCACUGAAAUCGACCAAGAAUCACAUGGGAUAUCUCCAGCAACGGUUGCUGUGUUUCAUAGUCUGCUUUGCUCCGCAGCUACCAACCUACAAGGCCUAG